GUGUAUGUAUAUAUGUAUGUAUAUGUAUGUAUGUAUGUAUAUGUAUGUAUAUGUCAGAAAAUGGCAGUAUCCAUACACAGACUGUGUCACUUCUUUUUUUCCCCUCUAGUUUACAAGUCAAAAUCCCAGUAAAGCUUCCCUUGCUGACAUUUCUGGGUAGCUCAGUCUUAUUUACAUGUGUGUACACUUAUAGUGUUGUCAAUACAUGGGCAUAAAACUAACAAAACUGAUGAUUAAGCAAAGGGAAAUGGAGUGACUUGAGGGACAUGGCAGGAGAGCCACGGUUCUUCAUUGGGGUGGGAGUUGUCAGCUUUUCAACCUAAUGGUCACUUGGGCUUUGAGUUCAAGGAGUGAUUUGCCUGAUAGCAAAGUGUUACCUGGAUAAGUAUAUACAUACAUACAUACAUACAUACAUACAUACAUACAUACAUACAUGCAUAUAUACAUACAUACUUAGUAUGCAACAUUCUGCAACUAGAGAACUUGGCUGGAGAGCUGGGUUUAUCGGAGAGAACUUACUGCGUGUGGACGGUGAGGAGGCUCAGUGAGGAGGCCCCACUACUCCUCCACAGGACUGGAGUCUAAGUCCCAGCACUCACUUCAGGCAGCCACACUGGCUCAUAACUUCAGCUCCUGGGCACCCUAUGCUCUUUCUGGCUCCAUGGGAACCCCCACACACGUGACGUGCACGUGCACAGACACGUGUACAUAUAAAUGAAAAUGAAUAAAUAAACUUGAAAGAGGACACAGUGCUGUGGCAGAGGGACAGCAUUCAUUCCUGUCCCUGACACAGUGCUGCCCUCCUGUAACGCCAGCUCCAGGGAUCUUAUGCCACUGACUUCACAUGCACACACGGGCACACACGGGCACACAGACACAUGUGCACACAUUUUUUAAAAAAGAGUAGAAAUACUGAUCUUUGACACUGGCUCUACUAAGAAUCUCUUCUAACAGCCACAUGGCUUCCAGUGGAUACGUCAGGUGGAAUGAACUGAACUGUGACUUUACUUAAGAUACCUGUGUUGUUUGCAUUACUAAAACCCUAUUGCUAAAACCCAUGUUAUUAGAAUGAAGAAACAAACACUUAACUGACGGGGAUAAAAGCGGUGUGGCAUGCUUUCUAGAAGCUUACCGUGACUUGUAUAAUAAUAUUUACCUUUUAUUCAGUACCUCAGGCACUGAGUAGGAGCUUGACAGUCACUGCCUCCAGUCUUCAUAAACUUGAUUUACGAACAUGAUUUUCUUCCGUUCUUUAGGCUAAAGAAGCAUUCAGCUUGCUCAGUGUCCUGCAGCCCGUGAUGGGUGACCGUAAAUUUGACACGAGGCUCCUGUGCCUCUUCUCAGACCUGCGUCUCUCCCCGUUGAGUUACACUGACUUGGGUGUUGUCUGGUACACAGGGCAGCCUAGGCAGCUGCUUUGUGGAAUAAAUCCAAAGGCCAGCUGAGCCAGUCGCAGAGAAAGAGAAAACCUACAUCUGAGCAUGUGUGUUACUAUUCCCUCUGUUUACUUAAAAGGAAGGCGAGGGCUGAUGUGUGGCACACGGCGAGUAAGGAAGUGAGUUGCACAAGGUGCCGUUUUUAUGACGUGUGCUUGCUUUCUCUUCUUGCUAUGUGCCUUCCCCUCCAGACUGUCAGUUUUUGUGGUUUUGUUUUGGUUUUGAUUUUUCAUUUUGUUUUGGUUUGCUUUAAAAAAUUUCUUAGAAGUAAUUUAACAAACUCUUCAUGUUUCAUUCAGUUUCUGGAGAAUUCCAACCCGUAAGACUGACAACUUAGAACAAUAAUGUGUUGUGGAAAUGGGUACUUAAACAGUUUCUCAGAUGCAUCCGAUGCUGGAACCCUGUGUAGCCUGUCUUCUCGCCUCCCGCUGCCUGCUCACACCCAGUACACUGCGCUCCCACUGCCUGCUCACACCCCAUACACUGCGCUCCCACUGCCUGCUCACACCCCGUACACUGCGCUCCCGCUGCCUGCUCACACCCAGUACACUGUGCUCCCGCUGCCUGCUCACACCCAGUACACUGCGCUCCCACUGCCUGCUCACACCCCGUACACUGCGCUCCCGCUGCCUGCUCACACCCAGUACACUGUGCUCCCGCUGCCUGCUCACACCCAGUACACUGUGCUCCCACUGCCUGCUCACACCCAGUACACUGUGCUCCCGCUGCCUGCUCACACCCAGUACACUGCGCUCCCACUGCCUGCUCACACCCAGUACACUGUGCUCCCACUGCCUGCUCACACCCCGUACACUGCACUCCCACUGCCUGCUCACACCCAGUACACUGUGCUCCCACUGCCUGCUCACACCCAGUACACUGCGCUCCCACUGCCUGCUCACACCCAGUACACUGCGCUCCCACUGCCUGCUCACACCCAGUACACUGUGCUCCCGCUGCCUGCUCACACCCAGUACACUGUGCUCCCACUGCCUGCUCACACCCCAGUACACUGUGCUCCCACUGCCUGCUCACACCCAGUACACUGUGCUCCCGCUGCCUGCUCACACCCAGUACACUGUGCUCCCACUGCCUCCUGCUCACACCCCAGUACACUGUGCUCCCACUGCCUGCUCACACCCAGUACACUGCGCUCCCACUGCCUGCUCACACCCCAGUACACUGCGCUCCCACUGCCUGCUCACACCCAGUACACUGUGCUCCCACUGCCUGCUCACACCCAGUACACUGCGCUCCCACUGCCUGCUCACACCCCGUACACUGCGCUCCCACUGCCUGCUCACACCCAGUACACUGUGCUCCCGCUGCCUGCUCACACCCAGUACACUGUGCUCCCACUGCCUGCUCACACCCAGUACACUGUGCUCCCACUGCCUGCUCACACCCAGUACACUGCGCUCCCACUGCCUGCUCACACCCAGUACACUGCGCUCCCACUGCCUGCUCACACCCAGUACACUGCGCUCCCGCUGCCUGCUCACACCCAGUACACUGUGCUCCCACUGCCUGCUCACACCCAGUACACUGUGCUCCCGCUGCCUGCUCACACCCAGUACACUGUGCUCCCACUGCCUCCUGCUCACACCCCAGUACACUGUGCUCCCACUGCCUGCUCACACCCAGUACACUGCGCUCCCACUGCCUGCUCACACCCCAGUACACUGUGCAGCAUAUACGACCCAUUCAAAUUCCCACUUGAAAACUCUUGAAAGUGUUCUUUAAAAUGUUGGGAAGCUUGGCAGAAAACCUAUCACCAGAGUUUUGUUUUGUUUUUUCCCCUCUUGCAAAAGAAUUGUGUAAAACUGCCUUUCCAAAGACCUGCUAUUCAAUGCUCAGUAGGAAAGGCAGGGUCUCCAUGCUAAGCAGACCUGAGUUUGACUCAGGAGCCCACUUAUUAGGUGAGAGACAAUGGAGAGGCAAAGCCUUGAACCUUCGUUUAUUUGUUUCUAAAAUGAGAUACUGUUACAAGGCGGACUUUUAGAAGUGGGUAAGCUACGCUGAGCAGGUCCCUCUGGAGUGCAUUUCAUAGGCACCGAGAGCAUGCUGGCAUUUCAUAGGCACCGAGAGCAUGCUGGCUUUUGCAGAGCCCCCAAACAUAUAGACUGCCAGAAACAGUUUUACCUUUGCCAAGUGCUGGUGUUGGCAUUCAACUUCAGUCUAUUUGCUGACCUUUUAAAAACCAUUUUUUAAAUUAAAGGGGGUUGGGCAUCCCAUGGUCAGUUGUUCUCUUCCUUUUGACCAGCUGUGCUCUGUAAGUUUCCUCUUGCUGCAAAGAGCUCUGCUUUGAUCAGGAGUGAGAACUAUACUCAUCUGUGGGCACAAGGAUAGGGUAGACAGCGAUUGGUUACUACCAAGUUAUGAGUGCCACUAUGCACUGUGGGGAUGUCUUGCUGUACUGAUCGUUGUUGUGGUUCUUAGGCAUCAAGUGCAUCCCUCCUCUGACAGCUUGUGUAGUUCCUCUGGUAGACCUCAGGGAGGAGGCUUUCAGGUCAAACCCAGGUCAAAUCUUCCAAUCCUGCCUCUGCAGCAGCUCAGACUUACCUUCGACCUCUGGGAAGGAGCUACAGGCGACAAUAGCCUGUAUCCUUUUGGGAGUCUCUUAGACUCUCUAGAGUUGGUGUACAGGAGUUUAGAAGGGCUUCACAUGUUCUGUUCAUUUGUCAAAGACUCUGGUAGCUUGUUUUGUAGAACUUAGUCCAAAUCCAAAUCCUUUUUUUUAAUUUCUACAAUAUUUUAUCUGUAAUUUUUAUACUCAGAAGAAGGCAAACCUCUGUUGGUGUAGAAAUGUUAAAAACCGUCUUGAAAAUAACUUAUAUACUUGACCAGAUGGAGAUAGCACUUAAAAACUAGACUGAACCAGAAGAUAUCUUGAAUUCCCCAGUGACUGGUAACCUGUGAUUCUUUCUAAUGUAUCAAAAAGAAGAUGCUUCAGAAAAUGUAAGACAGUAAUUUUACUUCAUAUAGUAACUUCAGUAUUGAUUUUUAGACUUGAUUAAAACCAUGUGUAGUUAAUCAGAACUUUGAGAGAAACAAAAGCAUGAAAAUGAUGAGUUUUUGUCAUGUAAUGGCCCUAGAGACAGCUGGUGAUUGAGCACUUGCCCAGUGAGCUCCAGGCUCCAGGCUGUCCCUGUACCAGUUCAGAUCAUUAGCACAGGGAAGACACUGAGCUUUUUAGAAAUUCUAGAAAUGUGAGCAUCUAUGGUCACAUAUAGUAAGAACAGUUUCUAACAUCACACAUUUGUUUUGUUUAUUUAUUUGUUUAUUUGUUUGGUUGUGAGGCAAAGCCACUCUGCAUCCCAGCCUGGUCUUGAACUCACAGCAAUUCUCCAGCCUCAGCCUCACAAGUGUUGAGGUUACAGGCUCCAUGUAUAGUGUUCUCAAUGGAUAUUAAAAUGGUCAUGUAAUUUACACUGACUAUCUGCUGGUUGCUGCAGUAGUGGUCGGUGGAUAAAGUUCUCUUGUGUCAUUCUGUAUAUGCCAUGUGGCUUUCAUGUUUUCUUU